AUGGGCGAGCUGCCGCUCUUCAGGGCGCACACAGCCUUGCACCCAGACCACCUGUGGAUCUGGGAGAGGUCCGUGUACGUGGACGAGAACCAGCGCACCUGGCUGCCCAUAACCAUCGAGACGGAGAGUAGCCUCCAGGUACUCAUGCGUCAGGAGGAUGUGUCCCUGGGGGAGGCUGUGUGCCCCAGCCUACUAGCCCCAUGCCCGCUGCCUUCCAUGUGGCAGCUCUACCCUGGAAGAAGAUACCGAGGCUCAGACUCGAGUUUCUGGCGCAUAGUGUACCACAUCGAGUUCAGUGGCAAGGAGGACAUGCUCCUUGAGCAGCUGCCGGACCUAGAAGAUGAGUGA